AUGGAGUUGAAGUCGGAGCUUCAACAGAUUUGGGAUAUAAAUUCUGACUGGCAACUGAUUCCGCUGGGAAAGGGAUUUUACACGCUCCGUUUUACUACAGCGACUGAUAAAGCUACAGCAAAGGCGAAGGUGAUCUGGGAGCUGUCAAAGGGUCUUCUUCAGCUCCGAGAAUGGACUCGCAACUUUGAUCCGUUCAAGGAAAACUCUCCCUUGGCGAAUGUUUGGGUUCGAAUUCAUUAUCUUCCUAUCGAGUAUUGGAAUCCACAAGUUAUCUCUGGAAUUGGACGUUACUUGGGCCAUCCUCUAAAGAUCGAUGAUGCUUCGGCAGGGAGAGAUUUUGGACAAUUCGCCCGUAUUCUUGUUGAAAUAGAUAUGUCUCACCCUCUUCCUAAUACUCUUCUUAUUGAUAUGGAGGAUUUUUCUUUUCAUAUUGAGUUUGUUUUCGAAAAUCUCCCUCUAUAUUGUGGUCGUUGCAAGAUUACGGGACACUCCCCCGAUAGAUGCCGCAAGUCGAAGUUUGGGGGGAUGGGUGAGCAGAAUGACACUGUGAAUGACAAGGCUAAGCUUACGCAAGUUCACAAUGGGCCGCAUUGGCAGGCGGCGAUUAACUCGAAUGAACAGGCUGCAAACAGAAAUCAGCAGGAGGCUGCCCCUUUGACGAAGCAGCAGCAGGUUGCUCCGACGGAAUCGGCAGAGAAAGAUUCGGUUGUAGGUUCUCCGGCUUCGAGGGGGAAUUCUACAACUAAGGGAAAUAGAUUCGAUGUACUUGCUAUUGAUGAAUCGGUUUUGUUGCAUGGGAAGGAUGUGGCGAUAGGACCGGUUUUAUUGGAGGUUGCCACGAAGCCGGUACAGAAUUCAGUUUAUGACAAGACUCUUAGUGAAUAUAGCUCCGAGGAGGAGGAGACGAUUGUUGCGGAUAGCGACACCAACAUGGGAAUGGUGAUGCACGAUGAUAUUCAAGGGACUGUUUCCUCAGUUCCCGGAGAGAUUGGAAGAGCGGUGGUGGAGCAGAAUUCGGUUGUUGGGGCAGAUAUUUCUUCGAUUAAGGAGGUUGAGGGAGAUAAGCAGACCAAUCCCACUCCGAAGGACAUUGCGAAUCGUAUAAUUCGGUUAGAGGAACAGGUUAAUCAGGGGAUGCAACUGCUCUCGGAGCAGAAGCAUGGACGUGGUCGGAGCAGAAGGGCUCGGGAAAGGGAAGAGCGCCUGUACACAUAA